CAUCUGGCUGGAUUUUAUUUAGUUUAAUAUAAUAGCGCGCUUUGUUAGGUUUUAUAUAUUUAUACGAGUCUUUUCCCAACAACAAAUUAUUCAUUUGCUGGCAGUAUUAGUAUUUAUUUGCCCUAGUGAUCCUAAAUAAACGCGACUCUUAAACUAUCACUUUAGUUAUAUUUAACUAAAAUUUGUAAAAAAUUUAUAACAGUUUGUAAAAGAAACUUAGAUUUGCAAGUAAUGUUGCUGAAAAUUUAACAACAAAUUUCAUAAAUAAUAAUAAAAUAAAAAAAAUUCUAAAAAGGGAAAAUAUUCAUUAACACAUUGUACUGCAAAAAAUUAAUAGUGUUUAUAUUGAUAUGAAAAAAAAUCUAUAUAAUUACAAAAAUAUAAGCAAUUCAUGUGUAGAAUAUGGAUUUUUUUUUUUAAAUAGAAAAAAAUUUUACUUUAAAUGAAAACAGUCGAUUUUUAGCCGGUUUACCAUAAAGUUGUGUUUAUGUUAGAAAUGAAAAUUUACCAAAAAUAAAUAUAAACAGUGAAUAUAAAUUUUGAAAAAAUAAAUAAACAAAAAAAUUAUUCUUAUGAAAUAUAAAAAUAUAUAAACUGUUGGAAACAUUUUAUUUACAAUUAUAUAUUUUAUUACUUUUAUCAAAAGCAAUUUCUUAAGAAAAAUUUUAUCAAAAUGGAAAUGAACGUAGGUGUUUUGGAUUUAUUCAAGUUAUUGGGCAAACUUUUAUCUUUCAAAAUCGAAGAAAGACGUUUGGCCACCAGUGAAUUUGAAACCAUUGAUACAUACUAUGGUAAAGUUCGGGGUAUGAAGCGCAAAAAUGCUUAUGAAGCAUUUGGUUCUUAUUAUGCAUUUGAGGGAAUUCCAUAUGCUAAACCACCCAUAGGAGAAUUAAGAUUUCGAGCACCACUUCCGCCAGAGCCGUGGGACGAUGUGCUAGAUUGUUUGUACUACAAAUCAAAGCCAGUGCAAAAGGAUUUCAUUAAAAGGAUUACUCUUGGGUCAGAAGAUUGUCUAUAUUUAAAUGUCUAUGCUAAAAAGCUUUGUUCUGAAAAACCUUUACCCGUUAUGGUUUGGAUAUAUGGCGGUGGCUUUCAAAUAGGUGAAGCUAGUCGAGAAAUCUAUUCGCCAGAUUAUUUUAUGCAAAAGGAUGUUAUACUAGUAACAGUGGCAUAUCGUUUGGGAGCUUUGGGUUUUCUUAGUUUAAAUGACCCCGAUCUACAAGUACCUGGCAAUGCUGGCCUUAAAGACCAAAUUAUGGCAUUGAAAUGGGUUCAACAAAAUAUUGAAUACUUUAAUGGUGAUCCCAAUAAUGUAACACUAUUUGGUGAAAGUGCCGGAGCAGCUUCUACCCAUAUAUUAAUGCUGACACCCCAAGCCAAGGGUCUGUUCCAUAAGGCCAUUUUACAAUCUGGUGCGGCGAUAUGCGGUUGGGCCAAUACGCCUCCUCUAGAUUGGGGCUAUAAACUGGCCUGUAAUAUAGGCUAUAAAGGCAACAAUAACGACAAAGAGGUUUUUCGCUUUUUAGCCAAACAAGAUGCCAAAAAAUUGGCUUGCAGGGAUACAGUAAUGUUAAGUCGUCAGGAAAGAUUUGAUAAUAUAUUAUUUGCAUUUACACCAGUAGUGGAACCUUAUAUGACAGACACCUGUAUAACAAAUAAACCUUUUAAGGAUUUAUUGCCCAGUGCCUGGAGUAAUGAAAUACCACUAAUUGUGGGUGGUACGUCAUUUGAGGGACUGUUUUAUUAUGCCACGAUAACGAGAUCGAAUUUUCUGGUAAAUGACCUAACGGACUGUAUUAAUCUGCUACCUGAUGACAUCAUACCCAAACAUACAAACGAAGAACUCAAGGUCAUGGCCUCCAAACUAAAACAAACCUAUUUUGGCAGCAAAUCACCCAGUGUUAAGGAAACCUUAUUUGAAUAUAUGGAUCUUAUGAGUUAUAGAACAUUUUGGCAUGCCAUGUUUAGAACUAUUAAAGCUAGAUCAGCCUAUGCUACCCAAGUACCUACCUAUUGUUAUGUUUUCGAUUUUGAUUCAGAUUUUUUCAAUCAUUUUCGCGUUUUAAAUUGUGGCAAAUCUGUGCGGGGUGUUUCGCAUGGUGACGAUAUUUCCUAUUUAUUCUACAAUGUAGUAGCUGAGAAAUUGCCCGUCACCUCAGCAGAAUUUAAAUCUAUACAACGUCUCAUAGGCAUAUGGUAUAAUUUUGCCUUAAACUCCAAUCCCAAUUGUAAAGAAAUUCAAACAGUUUCUUGGCAACCAGUUGGUCAUGAUACAGAUUUACAAAAACCCAUUAAGAUUUUAAAUAUAAGUGAUGAGCUAGAGUUCAAGGACUUGCCUAUGCAUCGUAAUCUACAAAUCUGGAAUAGUUUCUAUACAAAGGAAUCUUUAUAUUAAAAAGUAUAAAGGAUUUUUCUUUGUUUUUGAAACCAGUUUAAAACUUGCCAAUGAUGUGAUAGUAAAUAAACAAAAUUUUUUUUAGUUUAAGUAUAAAUCUGUGGAGUGGAACAAAAUUCCUAGAAUUAAAUAAAUACAAAUUAAUGGUUAAAAUUAUGAACAUAAA